AUUUAUCGUGCCGUCCCAGCCUGUGAAAUUCUGUAAAUAUGAUUGGUUGAUGCAUACACUCAGUUUUGGGAGACAACAUCUAGAGAUAAGAGACAGACAAGAGAACUGCUGAGAAUUACAAAGUUUAACUUUACAGCCACUUUUCGAUCUACAAUGCAACUUGUUAUUCAAGUAGUUUUCCUUUUUGCAACUGCACUGUGCAACAUCAAUGUGUCUCACGUACUUCCCUUCAAUCCUGAGUCCAGCACAGAACAAGCAAAACAGGAAUUUGUUAAUGGCCCUGAACAAAAUUCAACAGAGAUUAAUCAAGGGACCUCAACUGUAAUACAGGAGGACAUCAGAGACGCACAGAGAUUCGAAGAGAGUAUAAACAAAGUUCUAAUGAAUGAGAAUGAAAAUUUUCAUGAAGCAGCAGAACCUUUAAUACAGCCUCCCAUUGAAAAUAAUUUGGAAAAUACGAUAACAGAAGAAGAAAUUAAAAAAGAAAAAAAUGAGGUCCCAGCGAGAAGCCACACUGAAAACCAAUAUGACACCAAAAGUAACCAAACCACAAAUAAUGAAGUUACGACAGAAACUCUAUUACAGGAGGAAACAUUACCAACUCCAGCAUUUAAUUGUUCCACUAUGUGGCCAGAAUGUACAAAUCCUCAUAAUGCCCUUGAGGAUGUUUCAAGAGAACUAACUAGAUUUACAUUGGCUCUGUACAAAACACUGUCAUCACUUGAUGAAGAGCCGAAUAUUGUGAUUGCUCCAUUAAGCAUUGCUUUGGGACUAUCACAGCUGAUGUUAGGAGCUUCUGGGAAAACAAGAGACGAUAUGCUGCAAAUAAUUUAUGGUGGUAUGAAAGACACUAAGUGUGUGCAUGAUGCCCUCUGGAACUUAACCAAGUAUAAUUCCUUUGUUAGUGCAAAUGAAAUUUUCUUCAGUAAAGAUAUUUCUUUAAAAGAAGAAUUUACCAGGCUAUCAGAAAGAUUUUAUGGAUCCAAAGGGACACAAUUGAAGAGAGAAAAAAAUAUGAGCCUGAAACAAAUUAAUAGUUGGGUUUCUACCAAAACAAACCAACUUAUCACAAAAGUAUUCAAGCAACUUCCUGACUUUAAGAUGCUGCUGAUUAAUGUAAUCUAUUAUCAAGGGAAAUGGAUAAAUCGUUUUGAUCCAAAGCUUACAAAGAAAGAAUCCUUCCAAACAACAUCCUCCAGUACAGUUCAGGUCCCAAUGAUGAAUAAUCAUAAAUAUCCCUUACAGAGUAUUCGAGAUCAUUAUCUUCAGGCUCAUGUCGCUAGAUUACCUUUAUCUAAUAACUGCAGUCUCAUCAUCUUUUUGCCUUUAUCACAAGAAAGAGAUGCGUUAAAGAUUGUAGAAACCCGUCUUACAGAAGAAAUUGUGAAUUUGCUCAUGACACAGUUAGAAGAAAAAUCUCCUCGCGCCACAUCUGUAUCUUUUCCAAAGCUGAAACUUGACUCAGACUUUGGAUUAUCAGAAAUGUUAAGUUUACUUGGUCUCAACGAUCUUUUUCAAAAUCCAAAUUUCUGUGCCCUGUCAGACAGCCCUGAUCUUGUAAUAAGUGAUAUCCGUCAUCGAGCUGUUUUGGAAAUCAAAGAAGAUGGUGCAAAAGCUGCAGCUGCAACUUCUAUUACUGUUGCCCGCACUAUGUCAUUGUUCUCAGUGCAAAGACCUUUCCUUUAUAUUAUAGCUAAUGAUAUAAACAAAACUCCUUUUGUUAUUGGUCGUGUUGGAGACCCCAGUAAGUGACUGCAGGGUCAUAUAAUACAGUAGUAUUCUAAAAUUGUUACUCCUUUACUGCAAACCAACAAUCAUAUAUAACCAGACAAUGUAUGUUUUUACUUAACCAAAAUACAAAGUUCAUAAUACAUAAUAAUGUAACAAACAAUAA